AGAUAUUUCAGUUUGCCCGCUUCGUCCCAUUCGCAAUGUUCUGGAUUUUGCUGACAUGGUGGAUUGUUUUAAAGGACCACCAAGCAAAUGCCUUAUUUCUGGAGCCCAACUGCGGCUUUAUGUCUCAGGAGGCACUUCAGAACGAAGGCCACUUCGCACACAUAUCCGAGAGUCCUUGGAUGGCUUACUUGCAUGACUCCGGCAGGUUUCUGUGCGGUGGAACCCUAAUAAACCAUAGAUUCAUCCUGACAGCCGCCCAUUGCAUAAGCAACAACGAUAGCCUAACCGUGAGAUUAGGAGAGUUCGAUAGCCAUUCUGCCCAAGACUGCAUCGGCUCCGAUUGCAUACCGCCCUCUGAGGAGUUCCAGAUAGACUUGGCCUUUCGGCACAGAGAUUACUCGAGGUCCGAUCACUACCACGACAUUGGGUUACUUCGCCUGGCCAGGUCGGUGGAGUACAAAGCUCACAUCAGGCCGAUUUGCCUGAUCACAAACACUGCCCUCCACCCGCGCAUUGAGCAGCUCCAGAGACUGGUGGCCACUGGGUGGGGCAGCGGCUCCAUCGGAUCUCCGAACCGCAAGCUCAAGUCCAUUCGAGUGACUAGGAUAAAUCGGAGGGAGUGCCAGGUAAGGUAUUUGGUGGAGUGCCGCAGGGAUCAGAUCUGUGUAGGCCACGAAUCCGGGAAGACGUGCAGCGGCGACUCUGGAGGACCCAUGGGGCAUGCCUUGAGGUUUCAGGGUCGAGUGUUCUUCGUUCAGGUGGGAAUCGUGAGCUAUGGCAACCCGGAAUGCCGUAGCCCCAGUGUUUUCACGGAUGUAAUGGGCCAUAUGGAUUGGAUCAAAAGGUUCGUUGAGCAAUACUAAACUGUAACAAGAAAAAACCCGACUAUAAGAUACCCUUUACUGUAUUAAACAAUUUUGAAUGUUUUUGGAACAUUUUUCUGAGAAACUUAUAGAAAAGUUGUUAAGGUUUAACGUUUAUAUAAAACGCUUAUAUAAAAAUAUUGAAAUAAAAUAAAGGAAUUAAAAACGGACUACAUUUCAGAAGGUCCCAUCUUAUAUUGAUUCUCUCUCCCGCUGCCAAAAUAUACAUAAACAUAAUCUUAUAUACAAAUAUAUAAC